AGCUGGGACAUUUUGUAUAGGAAGCCCAAAUAUUUAGAACAUCUGGACGGACAGCCUGUGACGCAUCGGCAGGUUUAUCGGCAACUUUUAACAUUUUAACAGCUUAAAGUAAGUCUGCCAUUUUAGACAGGCAGAGGUUUAACUUCUCCGAACCUCGACCAGGAAGACGUAAGAACGGCCAACUUUUAUUUGCUAAGAGUUUAAGUAAUGACAGAUAAACACGUAAUCGCCUCAUGUUUGCUUUCAACAAAAAAUAAGUUAUGGAUAUAUGCGACGGGAAGAGAAGAAGAAAGGUAAGCGGCGGAGUGCGGAGCUGCAGGCGCAGCGUGGCCGCCAAGAUGAAGAGGGAGGCGGUGAAGGUCCUCCGCUCCCUCACAGUGGGGAACAACAACAAGCGUGCUGAGGCCAUGGACGAGGAAGAGGACGAGGACUGCUUCUCUAUAUCCUUCCUCCGGAGUGACCCCUCCAGGCCGGCGGCGGCCGUGUCUCCGCGGUACAGCCUGCUGCGGGAGGUGGGCCGGGGAAGCUACGGGGUGGUGUACGAGGCCGUGGCCCGGAGAACAGGGGCCAGGGUUGCGGUGAAGAGGCUCCUGUGCGACGCCCCAGAAAACGUCGAACUGGCAUUGGCUGAGUUCUGGGCCCUGACGAGCCUGGAGAACCGACACCAGAAUGUGGUUCAACUAGAGGAGUGCGUGCUGCAGCGGAACGGCCUGGCCCAGAAGAUGAGCCACGGCAACAAGAAGUCCAAGCAGUAUCUGCGGCUAGUGGAGACCUCCCUCAAAGGUGAGCGCAUCCUUGGUUACCCAGAGGAGCCAUGCUACCUUUGGUUCGUUAUGGAGUUCUGCGAAGGUGGGGACCUCAACCAGUACAUCUUGUCUCGGCGACCCGACCCCCAGACCAACAGCAGCUUCAUGCUCCAGCUAACAAGUGCCAUUGCUUUCCUUCACAAGAACAACAUUGUCCACCGGGAUCUGAAGCCAGACAACAUUCUCAUCUCACAGAAAUCUGGUUCACCUGUACUUAAGGUAGCAGACUUUGGCCUCAGUAAGGUUUGUGCUGGACUAACCUCCAAGACCAGUGAAGAAGAUCCUACAGCGAGAGCUGGUGGCAAAGGGAGCAACCAGUACAACACUGUCAACAUCAACAAGUUCUGGUUAUCGUCAGCUUGCGGCUCAGACUUCUACAUGGCCCCGGAGGUUUGGGAGGGCCACUACACAGCUAAAGCUGACAUCUUUGCCCUUGGCAUCAUCAUUUGGGCAAUGGUCGAACGAAUCACGUUCAUUGAUGCUGAGUCGAAGCGUGAACUACUGGGGACGUACGUUCGACAGGGCUCUGAGAUCAUUCCUGUUGGGGAAGCUCUGCUGGAGAACCCCAAGAUGGUUCUGCACAUCCCUCAGAAGGCCAGGAGCUCUAUGACUGAAGGGGUAAAGAAACUCCUUCUGGACAUGCUUGCAGUAAACCCUCAGGACCGACCAGAUGCUCUCCAACUGGAAAUACGAAUGGAUCAAGUCACUUUUGCUGCAUGACAAACACUCCUAAACCUUUCCUUUUUUACCCCAACCCAUCCAAGAAGGGACCCAUUUCCUCUCCAGACUUGUUGUCUCCAUGGCAGUGGACGGGGAAGGACAAAGGACUGUGACAACCUGAAAUGUGAAGACUCGUGAUCUAGAACUGAGCUGCAAGACAAACUGGAACAUUAUUCCAAACCUCUGGGGCAGAAAAAUAUGCAAAUAAACUCGUUACAAUCUCAUUUUUAUUUUCUAUUGGCUUACUGGGGGGAUGGACAAUGUCAGAGUGCUGGCUGGAUCACAAAGCAGCUUUCAUUUUGUAAUCUAGUUUGUUUUAUGAGUUUGUUCUUCCUUAACUUUUGUACUGUACUGAACUAUGAGGCAGGCUAGCCGUGUUCUCACUGACUAAAGCAUUCGUGGUAGUAAUAUCUCUGAAGAACAGACGACUGCUACCUUCAAACAUCCCUGUGCCUUUAAGAGGAUUUACCCUGAGUGGACUGGAUCUGCGAGAGAAUUCAUCCUGAAGGUUCUGAACCAAGAUGGAAACCUGAGAAGUCUGCGAACUUGUGAAGUUUCAGGCUAGCAAAAUGUGCAAACACUUUUGUUUUUAAUGUUUUGACACUUUUUUGAAUGAUUCAUCAAGCGGGUAUGGUUCCAGAGGAGACAGUCUGGGGUUUCUCAGAGUUCAACGCUGAGGGGCAUUUAGGAAUCAGAAAAAUCUCCCAGAAGCUUAAAACCAGAGAACGACAGCGGUGUGUGUUGAUGAUGAUCUGCGUCACAUUCCAGAGGCAGAAGGAUGAAGAUCUGAUGGGUUUUUAGAGUUGAGGUGAACUCGUCAUAUCAAGCCUUUCAACCUGUGCAGUUGUAACCAAACAAGAGAAUUUAAACUCGUCUUACUGGGCAUUAGUUCCUGUUCAAACCAAAGAGCCCCUCAUGGACCAAGUGCACACGGUUUUCCUUUGCCAUAAAAAGAGUUCCUUAUGACCCAGGAGUCUGUUUUUGAUUAUUUUUUUCCAGCGCUAGCAGAUGUUUUAGCAACUGAAUGUUUUUCUGUUGAGGUCGAGUGUGGCAUUUUGGACAGGCUGACAGAAAACCUCUGUAUACAUUAGAAAAUGUGCAGAUUUCAGCCAUUUCCAGCAUUGCACCUUAUAUAUUUUGUAACGGGUUUGGUUGGUGUGAAGUGGGUUACUUUGUAGCUUUUACACGUGAGCAGUAUUGAGUCUUUAAAUAUUUCACUGUCCGGUGCCAUUUGGGGGUUUCUUCAGGAAAUUGGAAGCUGUACCAUCUGAGAAUAAUCCCAAAGGCACACGGAGACACUCGUCCUUUUCUCUGGUUCCUUCCCUCUUCUUAUUGAAGUGAUUUGAACUCUUUCGGUUGUAGCCUGCUGACUGGUUAGACAGGAAAUCACAGAACGUUUGGACUUGUCUGCUAUAGAGCCCUAAAGGCAAAUGAAAAAUCCAGAGCUGGAAGGACUUCCAGGGGAAUAUGACUGAACAAACAGAGAGAGAGAGAGCAUUAAAUGUCGUCACCAGCCUCUCUUUGGGACAGCAGUGUCCUUCAGUGUCUUGGCUCUGCAGCCACAGCGGUUCUGAGACUUGUUUUAGUUCUUCUGUAGCGUGAUCCUACCUCGUGCUUAACACUCAUCACCCUCAACUGUCUGUAGUAACGUCUUAGGUGUGAGGAUAGGGUGCACAGUGGCUGAGUAGGAAAGCAUCUUACCUCCUACUCGGUGUCUUAUUCUUCCUUCCGAGGUUCUGGCUGGAACCAACACCUCUCUUUUUCCCCCAGGGUUUUGACUAAAUGUACAUCUCACCUACGAGCCACAGUGUGUUUAUUUAAAAACUACAGCGCCAAUAAGGGUUUUGCCAGGACUUUACCCAAAGGCAGAUGGUGGUAUUUAACCCUCCUCUGGGUACAUCUGGACGCUCAGACUGGCAUGAGAGCAACAGGAAGAUUGAAAAUCAUAUGUAGAUUAAUUCUGCAUGGAAGUUUGAGAAGGCUGCUUUUGUUUUGAAAGGCUUCUGUAGUUGUUUGGGAAGCUACGAUCAGUGGGCUUUCGUCACGCUGAAGUGAUCCAGAAUGUACCAUAGUUACGUCUAUGAGCUCAGGUUGUUGAGAACAGCAAAUGAACUUCCACCAUGUCGUGACAGUAUGAUGUGAGACAGUCUGUUAAAAGAUUGAUCUCCUCCACUUCCUUCCUGUGCUGCUGUUGCACUCCUCCCGACCAAAAACAACCAAUCGGAGCCAGGAGGAGGGUCUCGGCACUAAUGGCGGGAAAAUUACCAACUGGUACUGGAGAACCGUUUAUCCGCUGUCUUUGAUGGCUAUGCUAACUAGUGUUAGCCUUCACAAGAGGCUCUGCGAAAGGGGAGAAGCUGUUGACUGAUGACACUUCAUAUAUCUAUAUAUAGAUAUAUCUAUAUAUAUUUAUAUCUAUAUAUAUAUGACAGUUACAAACUGCAGCUUUUAAUUUCUCAGCAUGGCGGGUCAUGUUUUCCUGCUCGGCCAUAUCUGUGUUUUUGCUCUCAGUAGCUUGUGUGGUCAAAAUGGCAGCAGCUGGUUCUGCAUUAAAUAUUCAGAGUGUGAAAUAAAGUGACAUCUGGUAGUAAGAUGAAAUGUUCAACUCUUACGGGAGCUGUUGAUGUUAAAGGGUACCAAACAUCAAACUGUGAAGGUUUCAGUUGUACGAUGUAAUAGAGCUAUUUCUUUUUUUUAAGUUCUUAUUUUUACCUGGAUGGUGUUAAUUCUGUCCUGUUUUGUGGUUCAUCCUUAUCGCCACCAAACGCAGUGAAAGGUCUUAGUUCAUGUCACAGUUUGUGCUCACUUGCUCUGCUGCUGUUUUUCCACGUUCCUUUUUUUGGAGAAAAUUGAUAUCUUCACUUGAACACUAUGCAACAAAAGAUUGAAUUGCCUCACUGUAAAUGCUGCACAGAGCCACGCCCUCCUGGAACUCUUGUGGACGAUAUCUUGAACUCUUUCCAUGUUUUAGUGUGUACAGAAUUGUCUUUCAGGUGUAAAAUAGCGACUUUUUGUUGUUGUUGUUGUUGUUAAUAAAGCUGACAGGAGCCAUUAGAUGUUUGAGGAAAGCAUCUGUUAUUUUGCUGUAAAUAUCUUUGACAACUUUUCGGCAAAUAAAAGCUUAAAAUGUG